AAUUUAUACGCUUUUUUAUAUCACUUCGUAUUUAUAUUUACCAAUACCAAAAUAAUAUUAAGUUUUUUUCAGUUACAAGUAUGGUUGAAAACAAAGAAAAUUGUAUUAUGACUGACCAUUAUAAUCGAAUUCAGGGCGCUAUAAUAAAAACUCAACAUAAGAACUAUUUUGUAUAUAAAGGAGUGAAUACUGUUGGAAGAAAUAAGAGUGCCAUAAUUAAUUUAAAAAACUUGAAUGUGAGUCAAAACCAUGCUGUAAUAAUAAUCGUGGAUGAUGCUCAGCAUUUUAUUAGUGAUUUAAAUUCUUCCAAUGGGACAUAUUUACUUGGUACAAAACUAUCACCAUAUAAAUUAUAUGAACUUGUGAAUGAUGUGGAAAUUAAGUUUGGAGAUGUUUCUGCAUCUUAUUGUAGAGUAUGUAACAUGGAUACUACUGUACAUUUAAGAAGGGAAAGCACUGACAUGACUCAAAACAUAACUCAAAAUUUUUAUGAAGCAGGCACUCAGUUGAUGAUAAAUGAGUCGUCUUUAAACAAAUCAGGACCAGACAACAAAACACACAGAUUUUGUUCAGAUUCAAUUUCUGAUAAUGAUAUUCAUGAAGUUGCAACCCAAGUUGUUGAUUACCAACUAGCAUCUACUUCAGCAACAGUGCCAGACGAACCCAUAGGAAAAUGUCAGUCAGACUCUUUAGAAAAUGGACAAUUAAAUAAGCAACGAGAAGUGGAUAUCCAUGAAAUGCCGACACAUGUUGACGAUUUACCCCAAGAAUUAACAAAAGUGGAAAAACGACAUGAAAUGGAUAUACAUGAAAUGCCAACACAAGUUGUCGAUUUGCCUCUAGAACUUAGAAAACUAAAAGAACAAGAAAUGGAUAUACACGAAAUGCCAACGCAAGUCAUCGAUUUGCCUCGAAAUCUUAACAGUGUAGAGAAAUGUCAGGAAGUGAAUUUGCAUGAAAUGCAAACGGAAGUUGUUAAUAUGCCUCAAGGACUUGAAUUAAGUGAAAAGAGCAGUGAUUCAUGCACUCAAAUAGAUGAUAUUCAUAAUUCAGAAGAGUUAAUUCAGUCACGUGCAGAAACCAAUAGCGAUACAGAAGGUAACGAACUAUUUGUUCAAAAGACCUCUAAUAUGAGUACUGUAGAAGAAACGGUAAUAGAAGAAACAGUAAUAGAUGAAAAUCAUCUAGAAAAGGAUAUAGAAGAGGAGAGUAAUGAAUCAAUUGAUUUUUUGGCAACACAGAAACCUGUUUCAAAUGAAUAUAUAUUUAAUAAAGAGGUAAAUUCGGCAAAUGACAAUGACUCUGUUUUCUCAGAUUCACAGGGAAUUGGAAUACCUAGAAAGCGACCGUUACGCAAAUUAAGUUCAUCAGAAGAUUUAUCGCAGCCACAUGAGAACAAAAUUAUAUAUAAUUCUGAUUCUGACACAGACAUAGAGAAGGAAAUAGAUAUUCGCAUUAAUAAUCAAAAACUACCUAUAAAAGAAGCAGAUCUCUCGGGUUCGGAUACUGAAAUCGAAGAUGACUUGCCAAGGCAAAUUAAAAAGCACAGUAAAGUUUUGAAUUCCGAUUCAGAGACAGACAUAGAGGAACAUGUAAGUUAUAAGGACAUUUCAACGCAGUCCCAGGAUAUUAUUAAACCUAAAAUUUUAAAUAAACGUUUAUUGGACUCUGAUUCAGAAACUGAUAUAGAGGACAAUAAGGAAAACGACAUAAUUUUAAAACAGACCCACGAUAAAACCAAUAAUGAUACUUUAAAUGACACCGACUGCAUUCCAGCAACACAAGAUGCUUUUGCCGACAUGUUUGCAUACAAAAAUUCAAAAGUGUCGUCAAAUGCGAAUAGUCAGAACGAAUCUUCGGAGGAGAGUUUUAAACUUGGAUUGACGGAAUUGAUGGUUGAAAGUGUUGAAAAUAAAAAAGAAAAUGAUAUUCAUGAAGACAAAACGAAUGAUCUUGUUAAUGAAGAAAGCAUAAGCAAUGUCAAAAACGAUAAUGACAAUGAUAAAAAAUUGGGAAAUAACGAGGAACAUACAUUAAGUAACAGCGGUGAUGUCUCAAACAGUAUCGAAAACAAAAUAGGUGAAGAUUUAUAUCUGAACCCAACGCAAAAAAUUUGUACAGAUCCUAAACCAGAAUUUAAUCAACUGAACGAACAUCAUGUAGAAGCGCUAAGUGUGAAUCAAGCUAAAACAUCAGUUAUUUCAGACACAGCUCAAGAAACAAAUGAAACAGAAGAUGACAUCUAUUUAAUGCCAACACAAAAACUAAAUGAGAAUGAAGUAGACAAUAAGCCUACUUCCUGUACCUCAAAAAAUAUUAAUAUGGAGGCAGAUGAAGAUUUUUAUAUGAUGCCAACACAAAAACAAAACAACAAUCAACCAGAAUUCAAAACACCACAGAAAAAGUAUACCUUUAAGAAAAAAAAGGUGAAACUAGAUGGGUCUCUGUCGAGUAUUUUCAGUAAAAGUCAAGAUGACCUCUAUUCAGCACCUGUUCAGAAAAUAAAUGAAGAGGGAGCCGAAACUGAAGACAUUUAUCUACAACCAACACAGAAAUUAAAUGAAGAACAAAAGCAACGUGACCCGUAUUUGCAACCAACCCAGGAUUUAAACAUGGCAGCACAUAAAGAUGAAGACCUUUACAUGGCACCCACACAGAAAUUAAAUGAAGAACAAAAGCAAUGUAACUUGUAUUUGCAACCGACCCAGGAUUUAAACUCCACAGCUCACAAAGAUGAAGACCUUUUUGGGGAACCCACACAGAAAUUAAAUGAAGAACAAAAGCAACGUAAUUUGUAUUUGCAAGAAACCCAGGAUUUAAGUUUAGCGACAGCACACAAAGAUGAAGACCUUUAUCUGGCACCUACCCAACAAGUAAAUAUAAAUGUUGGAGAAAAUAAUACGGCUCAAGAUAAAGCUGCAACGGAUUCAUCAUUGCAAGAAAAUCAGCAUGUAGAUGUUACUACAGACACAGUAAAGAAAAGAGUAGAGAAAAUUAAUGAGGAUCUGUAUAUGGCAGCAACUCAACCAGUAAAUCCAAGUCCAAUCAUUGAAAAAACUGAUAAAAUUUCUCCGAGUAAAUCAAUAUUGGAUUUGUAUUUGCAAGAAACGCAGGAUCUUAGUCCUACUAAAAAUACAGAAUCAAAUAAAAAUAAAUUAGAGACAAGUAGUACAACAAUGAAGCAGACAAAUAAAUUUGAAGACAAAAAUGAAACUUCUCAAGAUAGAUCCAAUUUAAAUUUACAAACAAUUAAAGACACCAAUCUGGAUGCAGGUACAAGUCUAAAGACUUCAGGAAAACACAAUGAGGAUCUUUAUUUAGCCGAGACCCAACCAGUAAAUCCAAAUAUAGUGGUUAAAAAAUUGAAUAAGCCCCUAAAUGAUCUAUAUGUACAAGAAACUGAAGAUAUUGGCCUUACUAAAAAUUUAGAAGCAAAUAAAGAUGAGAAUAAUGAGGAUCCCUACAUGAUUCCGACACAGCAGAUUAACCAAGAUUUAGUAGAAAACAGUAGCAGUGCUAAUAAAGAUAACUUUAAAGCAUCUGAUCUACCAAAGGCUGUUGUGAGUAAAACUCGUUUAAGAACAAAACGGCAGAUACAGUCAGAUACAAACACCUCGGAACUAAGUAAAAAGAGAAAAUUAACCGAUGUUGAAAUGGAAAAGUUAAAUCAGGUCGAUGCAGUUAUCAAGGAGCCUUUAUCUACUUUGAAAAAACCAAACAAAUAUCAAGGAAGCCCAUCUGUUCCAAUUCCCAAAGAAAAAGCUACCAAAACGGUUACGGAUCAAAGCGAGACUUUAAGUCAAAUACAAAGAUUCGUGGCAGAAACUUCCAAAGACUCCAAAAAAACAAAAGUAAAAACACUUCCUAAGAAAAGAAGUUCUGCAGAAGCACAAAUCGAGGUUCAGUCUGAGACUUUGAGUCAGAUUGAAGCAUUUAUCAAGAAACCUUUAAGUACUGUUAAAGAAAAUACUGAUACGCCAUCUAAAAGAAAGAAAAGAGGCAAAGUUUCUGAUAAAACAAAACAAGUUCAUGAAGAAUUUCAAAAACCCGAAACAAGUCUCGCGUCUAGAAGAACCAGAUCAACAAGUCAUCCAAAGACUCAUGUGUCCAAAGAGGAGUGUGAAACUUUUAUUAAUCCAGAAUUCGACUUAAGUACAAGCAGUGACAAGAGUGAACGGGAGACCGUGAAAAGUGAUGUUGAAAAGAGUUUUGCAUUAUUAGAGGCGAAAUCUACAAAAACGAGAAAAAGCCAGAGGGUAAUAAAUUCUUCUGAAGUAAAGGUGUCGGUAUGUAAGAAUCGCAGGAGCAUGGCUACGUGUGCAGUGCCUGAAACUUCCAAAUCUAGAAUUGAAAACAUACAAAGUCCUCCCAAUUUUACUUCGCCAGAGAAAGGAAAAAGGAAACAAAAGCCCAAAAUUGUAUUCACGAUGUUAGACAGUCCGCUUUUAGAAAGUUUAAUAAGGCAAAUGGGUGGUACUGUAGUUGAUAGUGUGGAAUCUAGCACUGUACUAGUAACAGGACAAGUGAAAAGAUCUCAAAAACUCCUUACUGCUGUAGGGCAAGGGAAACCAAUUUGUUCACCGGAUUGGAUUCAUGCUUCCAAGAAAGCAAAUGAAUUCCUUG